AAGACGGUGGACGAAGGAGAGAAGGAGAAAAAAAAAACUGUUUCAAGACAAGCUUUUCUGGAUGGACAGAGAGGAUGAGAGCGCCACAGGAGCGUCCGUAGGAAUUGCAGGGAGUUUGUGUGUCUCGUCAGAAGAGCUGCCUGGAGAGGAGAGAAGCGGUAAGUGAGCAGAACCCAACGAAAAACACCUGCGUCAAGACAAGGUACCAGCGAAGGACGUAUGAAGAUGACUUUCAGCUCGCAGGAGGCUUAAAAUCAGCUGAUAUCUGGUGAAACUUUUGGACAGAAACAUUUGAAAACGUGUAUGUCUUCUUGUUUUUUAUAGCUAAUGCCAAACUUCAGAAACUUUAGAUUUGAACCAAUCAGAUCAGUCAUUGUGCUCUCAGAGCAAUCAUCAAAACAGUACAAACCUAAGUCAGAACAGCUGACUUUGUACUUUUAAGCUCCUUUUAGAAUCAAUAGUGCAUACAAUAAAAAAGAGCUCUCUUUGUCCCAUCAGUUAGUAAGUUCUAUGAUUAAAAAUAUCAGCACUAAUACUCCAUGAGUUGCAAUGGACCAAGAUUUGACCAUCAUUCACAUGUUAUCACACACCUGGAACUGGGCAACUGCAGGCACUGUGAGCCACUGACUCCUGGGAGCCACAACCCCCCCCAAUGAAGCAGUCCUGGUGGGCCCGCCUGGCACAGCUUGCUCUGCUUGCUGUGUGGACUUGUAUAUGGCUGGUCCAGGGAUGCGGACCGGGCCCUGGGUAUGGCCCCCCUCGCCACCGGCCCAGGAAACUCACAGCUAUGCACUACAAGCAGUUUUCCCCCAACUUCUCAGAAAACAACCUUGGGGCCAGCGGGAGAGCAGAGGGCAAGAUCACACGCAACUCUGAGCGCUUCAAUGAACUUGUGUGCAACUACAACCCAGACAUUGUCUUUAAAGAUGAGGAGAACACCAAUGCAGACCGCUUCAUGACUAAGCGGUGUAAGGACUGUCUGAACAAGCUGGCGAUAGCAGUGAUGAACCAGUGGCCAGGGGUACACUUGCGUGUGACAGAAGCCUGGGAUGAGGACGGUCACCAUCCUCCCGGCUCUCUGCACUAUGAAGGCCGGGCUGUGGACAUAACCACUGAUGACAGAGAAACAGAGAAGUAUGGACUCCUCGCCCAGCUAGCUGUGGAGGCCGGUUUUGACUGGGUCCACUACGAGUCCAAAUAUCAUAUCCACUGCUCAGUAAAAGCUGAUCACUCUGUCGCAGUGGAAAAAGGUGGCUGUUUCCCUGGCUGGGCCCAGGUGACUGUUGCUGGAGGGGGGCAGAAGACCCUGUCAUCACUAGCUCCUGGGGACCAGGUCUUGGCUCUGUCUGAGACAGGCAAAGUAGUGUUCAGCCAAGUCCUCCUGUUUCUGCACCAGGAUCAAGACAGCUGGUCUACUUUUCUUUCUCUGGAAACGGAAGACGGCCAUAGAUUGGCCCUUACUCCACAUCAUUUGGUGUUUUUAGCCCCCCAUUGUAGACUUGACAGCAGUGAGUACCAGGCUCAAUUUGCCAGCAGAGCCAGAAGAGGCGACUGUGUUCUUAUCCACACAGCAGAGGGUCAAGUCUGUCCAUCUCGAAUCAGCUCAGUCUCAGUAGAGGAGAGUGUGGGAGUGUAUGCGCCCUUGACAGAAGAUGGGACUUUGUUUGUUGAUGGGGUGCUGGCAUCCAGUUAUGCACUGGUGGAGGACCACAGACUCGCACACUGGGCGUUUGGACCUCUGCGACUCCUCUCCUCAUUCGACCAGCUGCUUUGGGGAGAGACAACAAAAUCACAGCAGACUACUGACAGUGAAACAACUUGCACUAAGACUCCGCUGCAUAGUAGCACUUGGGACACAAAGGACGGAGCAGGUGUAGAUAUGAAUAGUAGCGCUCUUAACAAACAAGACAAUCUGAAUGAACCUCUAAGAAAGGAAAUUAAAGGGAAACACCCCUUGCAAAGACAGACAUCAAAUGUGCACUGGUAUGCUAAAUUACUGUACAGUUUUGGGUCUAUCUUCUUAGACUCCAACUAAUUUCAUCCUUAAAAGCCUGAAAGUAUAGACUUGAUACAUAUCGUACUGUCCAAUGUUACAACUUUGAUACAUUUACUCCAACGCUUUCUGUUCUUUUCUUCAAUAAAUUUAAAGCACUGGAAUGGCUUGCUUGCUUUUGUCACUAUUGUUUGUGCUAUCAUAAUGAUAUACAGUAAAUGCUAAUUCUUAAGUGAUAUUUGAUCAAAUACUGAAUUUGAUGACAAAUUGUGCAGGUUCAUGUAAAAAUGGUCAUGUCAUAAUGACUAUGUUAUAGUCUAUUUGUACAUCAUGUUAUUUGUUUUUAAUUAUUUCAAGUAUAUAUGUAAAAGAUGUAUUAUUCUAAUGGAAUAGGAAUGAAUUUUACCAUCAUAGAAUCUUUAUUUUUGUACUUUAUGAAUCAUAAUAUAUAAAUGUUUCAUUUUAUUAUAAUUAAUUCUUCUACAUGUAUUGUGGGUUCUCACUUGUUAUGUCGCAAAAGAAAUUAAAAAGUAAUUUUAUUAAGCAACAGUUUUUUCUUCAGCUUAAGCUGAUUCAUUGCUUGCUUCUUCAGGAAAAAUGAGUCGCUAUGUGUAUGAACCUGAGGCAUAUGCAAAAUAUCACUUCUAGGACUCGUAGUUGAGCAUUAUGUGCGUUACAGUGUUAGAGCCCUCUGUGGAAAUCUAGUCCAACAGGCUCACAGGUUAAUGAAAAGCCCAGACAUACUUAAUAUUCUCCACACUAUGCCACCACCUUGACUUUAUUAUAGCCUUUAUCACUAAGCUCCUUCAAGGGAGUUAUCGGGUUUCUCAGAAUCUUAGAGGAGACAGCUUAAUUAGUGUUCAUUGAUCAAUUUGGGUCACAAGUAUUGGAUAUGUUGAUGGUGUAGUACAAUGCAUUUGUUACACAUCUGUGUUUUGUUGAACCCCAUCUACGCUACUGACUUGUACCCACCUGUACUGUAAAUUGUGACUUGCUCCAACUUUUGCCUACUGAACUGAACAUGUACUUUACUAACAACUCAUCAAAUGUUCAUAAUGAUGUGUCAGGCUGUAUUGAACACGUAGUCCAGGGUUAUACACCCCCUUGUGGAUGAACUGGUAUCACACCUGUGAAUUUGAUCUCAUAUAAUUUCUUUAAUGUCUUCAUACAUAUAAUAUUUACACUGAAUAAUAAACUUGAA